CCUGACUGCGCUGGAAACGCAUGGAGUAGAGUGAAAGGCUUCAAAAUCACCCAACAAUGAGGUUCCGCUGGGCUCUUUGUGCCUCAUAUUUAAUUUUGCUGCCUCUAACCGUGUGGUCAGAGCCACUCAUCUCCCCCAGUGGGCCUCAUAUCAUAGUUCCCAAGAGGGGGAAGCUAGAGCUGCGCUGCUAUGACAAUGCCACAACAUCUAGCACCCCGCCCAGGUUAAGGUGGUACAGGGACAAAUCUCGCAAGCUGGAUGGAGAGGUGCAGGAGGGCAAUGUGGCUUUCAUCAAGCUGUCAGCAGUGCAGCUAAACCACAUGGGUCGUUAUAUAUGUGUGAACAACGUCACACUGGAACAGAGCUCCAUCUACGUAUUUGUGAAAGACCCUGAUAAUGCUUUCCUGCAUAUUAUGGUAAACAACAAACUGGUGCGAGAAGGUGAUAGCUGCACCAUUCCUUGCCUUGUUACUGACCCCGAGGUCACCCACCUGGGCUUGGAGACCUGUGAUACACAACCUCUGCCCUCUGGUAUGAGUUAUCAGAGUGACAUCCAGGAAGGCAUCACCAUCAACAACAUUCAGAGGGAAUACGAUGGCUGCUACAUAUGUGUGGGUCUUCUUCGUGGAGUCAAAGUGAUGUCAAGCAAAUAUACUCUGGAAGUACGACUUGUGCCAGAGUUACGCCCAGUGAUCACAGUGUCCCAGAAAGACACCGUCAUCUUGAGGACAGGGGAACAGUUUGAGCUUACCUGCAGCUCCUCCAAUGUCAACGCAGACGUCACUCUCAAGUGGGAUUUCCCAUCAACAGCGCAUCCUUAUGAAACCCAAACCUCACACAUCCUGUCUACGGGUUAUGGUUAUGAGCGUGCCACCUCACUCUUGAUCCCAGCUGUCAACCAGUCAGACUCAGGCAUUUACCGCUGCCAUGCUAACAACGAAAAAGGCCACAGUGAUGAAGCAGUUCAGCUGAAAGUUUAUGAUCAAGGUUUCAUUAAAAUGUUUGUAAGUCAAAGUCCAGUCCAGGAAGAGGUUAAAGAGGGGGAGAGCCUGAGCCUAAGAAUUGAAUUUGAUGCCUAUCCUGCACCGAGCUUUGUGUCCUGGUCUUACAAUGGCAAGCUUCUCCACAACACCACAGAGCACGUAAUCACCAUCCAUCAACAGAAAUACAGAUACAGCAGUGAGUUGAAACUAGUGAGGGUUCUUGGCUCCGAGGGUGGGAUCUAUAACUUCUCAGCCAGUCAUGAAGAUGCAUCUGUUCAUCAUUCAUUUCAUGUCUACGUCAACAGUAAGCCUGUCAUUACUGCUCAGGAAGGGCCUGUUGAUGGACAGGUACGGUGCAUUGCUGCAGGUUACCCAGUCCCUAAGAUCAGCUGGUACUUCUGUGAGCUGCCCCACACAAGGUGCUCACAACUGCCCAAUGCUACCCAAUUGGAGACCCCUGAGGUCACUAUCCUUUCAGAGUCAACCUUUGGUAGGAGUGAGGUGGAAAGCCGACUGAACGUCACCAAAGAGUUCUCUCAGUACCACACCCUGGAGUGUGUUGCUUCUACAGAGGAAGCAGAGGCCUACACGCUGUUCUCCAUCAGUGAGCGUGUCAUCCCCCAUAAACUCUUCACGCCUCUUCUAACUGGCAUGGUGGCUACUGGGGUCUUACUCAGCCUUGUUUUAGUGGUGCUGCUCUAUAAGUACAUGCAGAAACCAAAGUUCCAAAUUCAGUGGAAGGUCAUUGAGAGUAUUCAUGGAAACAACCACAUAUAUAUUGACCCCACCCAGCUGCCAUAUGACUCCAAAUGGGAGUUCCCCAGGCAGAAGCUACGCUUUGGUAAAACCCUGGGCUCUGGGGCAUUUGGAAAGGUAGUGAGGGCCACAGCAUAUGGACUGUGUUCUGCAGACGCUGUCACAACCGUCGCUGUUAAGAUGCUGAAGCCCAACGCUCAUUCCACGGAGAAGGAGGCGCUGAUGUCUGAGCUGAAGGUCCUCAUUUACCUUGGAAACCACGUUAACAUCGUUAACCUGCUGGGAGCCUGCACCGUCGGAGGACCAAUUUUGGUAAUCACAGAAUACUGUUGCUAUGGGGACCUCCUCAACUUCCUGCGAAGAAAAAAAGAGUCCUUCCUAAACUCCCGAGUUGAGGAUGGUUACUAUCGCAACGUCUCGAACCCAACAGAGUCCACAAGCAGUGAAGCUACUGGUACAGGAUAUAUGCCCAUGCGUCCCUCUGAGAAAGAAAGAUCCUCUGAGUCAGAUGACAUCGAUGACCUGUCCUUGGACGCUGAAGAUCUCCUCAGCUUUUCCUACCAGGUGGCCAAAGGAAUGGAGUACAUUACUUCCAGGAAUUGCAUCCACAGGGAUCUUGCAGCUAGAAACAUUCUGCUGACUCACGGCAGGGUGGCAAAGAUCUGUGACUUUGGCUUGGCUCGAGACAUCACCACUGACGCCAGUUAUGUGCUCCGCGGUAACGCUCGUCUGCCGGUCAAGUGGAUGUCACCUGAGAGUAUUUUUGACUGUGUCUAUACGAUUGAGAGUGACGUGUGGUCCUACGGCAUCCUGCUCUGGGAAAUCUUCUCUCUUGGUAACAGCCCGUACCCUGGGAUGCAGGUGGGAUCCGCAUUUUAUAGGAUGAUUCAGGAAGGCCACAGGAUGAGCAGGCCUGAGUUUGCCCCCAUUGAGAUGUAUGACAUGAUGCUGUCCUGCUGGAACCAUGACCCUCUGAAAAGGCCAUCCUUCAAAAAAUUGGUGGAGAGAACCGAACUGUUGCUGUCAGAAAAUACCAAGAAUGUGUACCUGACACUGAGUAAUACUUCAGGUCCUCCAGAGCAGCAGAGGGUGCCAUCACGGAGGCUGAGCUCAGUCUGCAGCACAACAGCCCCCAACCAACCUUUACUGCAGAACACAGCUGACGUCUUCCUUGACUAUGUCUAACACACUAAUUAAAACACUGCUAUGGACACAUACAUAACCCACCACCUUCCUGAUCAUUGUUACCUUCUACCACACAAACUACACUCCACUCUACUACUACUAACAGCUGAUCAGUUUAAACUAAGUCUCAAAUGCUGGCCUUCCUGCAUCUUCCAAACAUACACACACAUCAUACACACAUAUAGAUGUUGUACAUAUUCAGGCCUGCACUUGGCUCUCAGCCUCUAUCUACUCUUCCCCUUGGCAUAUCGAUUACUGUGGUAGGUAUUUCAGGUGCACAUCUAAAUAAAGCAGACCUCAGCACUAACAGGCCAUCAGAUACAUCACCCAUCAGCAGUGGGAAGAGUCUUGGCUCACAUUCAGCCUUAGAUUACAUCUUAGGAUGCUUUGGGGAAAACAAAGGCUACCAAUACAUGUACAUAUCUGCACAGGGGAGAUGAUACUGGACUGAUAAAUAAAUAAGCAGAAUUGAUGCUGUGAUUAGAAGAUGUUUUUGUGUUAUACGCUGCUCAAAAAAAUGAAAGGAACACUUUUUAAUCAGAGUAUAGCAUCAAGUCAACUAAACCUCUGGGAUAUUGACUGGGAUCUGACCAAACAGACUUCAUGAGAGUGGCCUGAGGACCCAAUGCCCUCUAGUGGGCCCUGAGCUCACUGCUCGGUGCCCUGCAGCCUAAUUGGCAUUUGCCAUAGAAUAUCAGAAUUGGCAGGUGUACCACUGGUGUCCUGAGAGAUGAGACAGAUGAGAGCAGGUUCACCCUGAGCACAUGUGACAGAUGUGAAAGGGCCUGGAGAAGCUGUAGAGAACGUUAUGCAGCCUGUAACACUGUUCAGCAUGACCAGUUUGGUGGCGGGUCAGUGAUGGUCUGGGGAGGCAUGUCCAUGGAGGGAUACACAGACCUCUACAGGCUAGGCACCAUGACUGCCAUUAGGUAUCCGGGUGAA